GUCCUCGGUGCCCCGCCCAGCUCUUGCACCUGAUUGGAUUACACUACACGUACACUCAACGUGUGUGUCCGGUGAAGUCGGUGAUCACUGUCUUGGGAUGGCUGUUCGUUAUCGGUCUAAAUAGGACGACACGCAGGGAAGAUGUACAAGUAUAAACUUUUUACACUGAUGUGUGUGUGGCUCGGGUUUCCCAGCGAGGGGGUUAGGGAAGACUGUGACAGGACUUUUCAAGAGCGAAGUGGCCGGGAGCAGAACGGACAGUUCAUCACUCUGUUCAUGUACCAAGGAGACCAUGGUCUGCUGGUGAACCGGCUCCAUAACGUCCCCCCUGGCCGUUGAGAAGGAGGCCCGUCUCCUCCUCUACACCAACAUGGCCGCCUCCAGCCUGGAGAACCUCAGCUGCCCCGCCAGACUCAUCAAGGCCAAAGUCAUCAUCCAUCUGACGGAUGAGGAACACAACCAGACCAUCCCCUCCCAGCCGGCCCCCAGUAUGUGGCAGGCGCUCUACGUCGACCGCUACACCUGCGGGGAGGGAGGGCCCAUUCCCUCCCACGGGGACGUGGGCUUCACCCUGGUGCUGUUGAACCCCGACUCCGCGGGGAACCCCCGCGAUCACUUCAGCGUGGAGGAGGCAGGGCUCCACAGCUUCUACUGCCUGCUGCUGCUGGCCUACUUCGUGGCGGGCUGCGUGUACGUCCAGCCCCUCCUCCAGGCCCUGAGGAAGGGGGGGCCCAUGCACACGGCCCUGCAGGUGCUCUCUACAGCACUGGCCCUCCAGGGAGGCUCCGCCCUCUGCAACUACCUCCACCUGGCCAGGUACUCUAGAGACGGACUCGGUAUUCCUCUCAUGGGCAGCCUGGCAGAAUGGCUGGACAUGGUGUCCCAGGUGUCCAUGCUCUACAUGCUGCUCAGCCUCUGUAUGGGCUGGACGCUGAGCCGCGGCAGGAAGCCCCAGUCCAGACCCCUGCAGUGGGACUCCUCCCCCACCUCCACCAGCCUGGCCCUGGGCGGGGUCCUCGUACUGGGGGGGCUGUUGCUAUGGGAGCAGUACACGGAAACGGAGCACCACAGCUUCCACGCCCAGAGCAGCGUUGCCGGGGGGCUGCUGAUGGUGCUCCGGGUCGCCAUGGCGAUCAUCCUGGCCUCGGUCCUCUACCAGAUCAUCUCCUCGGAGCGGAGCGCGCUGAAGAGGGACUUCUACCUCGGCUUCUCCAAGGGCUGUUUCCUGUGGUUCCUCUGCCACCCGGUGCUGGUCGUGACCUCGGUGGUCUUUAACCACCACCAGAGGGAGAAGGUGGUGACCAUAGGGGUGGUCUUGUGCCAGGCCAUCGCCGUGGUGAUCCUCUACCAGCUCUUCCUGUCCCGCUCACUCUACUGGGAGGUGUCCUCGCUCUCCUCCGUCUCUCUCCCGCUAACCAUGUCCCGGGGGGGCGGGGCCUCGAGGGGCCGCCACUGAGCGGGCCACGCCUCCCUCAACAUGUCCUGGGGGGCGGGGCCUCGAGGGGCCGCCACUGAGUGGGCCACGCCCCCCUCAACAUGUCCUGGGGGGCGGGGCCUCAGGGACCGCCAUUGAGGAGGCCACGCCCCCCCACCCUCGCCGGGGGGGAGGAUGGGGGGGGGCCUGACCCUCGCCUGCAGAGGUUGUUCAGAAGGGGUUAAAGUCCUGCAGGUGAGGAGAGGGAGGACCGUCUGUUAUCGCCCUCUCUCUCUCUCCCGUGAAACAGUCCCCCCCCCAUUCAUACUGAUGAGAGGACAGCGGCAAACUCGAUCAGGAAGGAUGGAUUAUAAUAUUUAAGGAUUGGCUUUUAGCUUCAGCUAGUGUGUUCACCAAGACUGAAUAUUCUGUGAGGUGGAGAAAAUCAGCCAAUCAGGAGGACCUGCAACCACUGUCUACUCUGUGUUCUCAUGAUAAAAGUCUUGUCAAAGUUUUAUGCUUUCACUUUAAAAGUCCUGUCAAAGCUUCAAGUUAUCACAACGAAGGUUCUCUAUGAACUCAUUUUUUUCACUAUAAAAGUCCUGUCAAAGCUUCAUGUUUUCUCUAUAGAAGUCCUCUGUCAUCUUUGUUUUCACUAUAAACGACCUCUGUCAACUCCUCAUGUUUUCACUAUAAAAGUCCUCUGUCAACUUUCUUUUCACUAUAAAAGUCCUUGUUCAACUCAUGUUUUCACUAUGAAAGUUCUGUCAACUCAUUUUUUCACGAUGAAAGUCCUCUGUCAACUCUUUUUUUUCACUAUAGAAGUCCUGUCAACUAUGUUUUCACAAUAAAAGUCCUGUCACCUUCAUGUUUUCACAAUGAAA